AUGCAGCUCACUAACUUCCUCAGCGCCGCGGCGCUUGCUGCCACCACAUUCGCUCAGCAAUAUCCUAUCCAGCCUGUCUACCAGUUUGCGAACUCUUUCUCCGGAUUAGGAUAUGUCAACAUCGAAAAUGUUGCUGUUCGAUCGACCAACAACCAGUUGCUGCUCAACUUCGCAACUGGCGCCAUCAUGGCACAGAUAAACCCUGAUGCUGCCAACCCGCAGCCAGAGGUUCUUGUCAACAUCUCCAGCUUAUACCAGGGUGCCCCAGGCUCCUUAACCGGUAUUGCUGAAGUCAGCAAGGACGUCUACAUUGUAGGAGCAGGAAGAUUCCAGUUCGGCCCACAAGUCCCAGGUGGUGUCGCUGGUGUUCCAGGCUCGUUCCAAAUCUGGUCAGUUGACCUUAAUGGCCCACGUGCAGUAGCAAACCAGGUUGUUGCUAUCCCAGAAGCCAACCUUCUCAACGGUGUCGCUGCUGUACCAACCGCCCCGGGUGUUGUCCUCGUUGCUGAUUCCGCACUGGGCUCCAUCUUCCGCGUUGACACUCACGCCAAGACAUACGAGCGGAUUCUCUCGCUAGACGUUUUCCUUCCAGGAGGAGGCAACAACUUUGGUAUCAAUGGUAUUCAUCUCCAGGGUGGUAACUUGUACUUCACAAACUCCGCUCAGGGCAUCUUCGGCCGUGUACCUUUCGGCCCACGAGGAUACCCAGGUGGCCCAGCUGUUCGAAUUGCCAGCGCACCAAACGGCACCUACUUUGACGACUUCGCACUCACCAAGAACGGUGAUGCUUACAUCGCAACUCAAGAGAACGCAAUUUCCUACGUUGCUGCCGGCUCGUCGCAAGCACAGAUUAUUGCCGGCGGUGGAAACUCUACUACCCUCGCUGGACCUACCAGCUGUGUGUUGAGAAAUGGUGAACUGUUCGUUGUCACCGCUGGUGUUGGUGGUGGUCCAAUGGGACCAGUCAGUGGGGGAGUCUUCAAAAUCGCUGUUGGUGCCGCGAAGAAGAUGGCCAAGAGAUGGUUUGCAUAG